CCCGAUGCACUCCCGCCCCCCGUGGCCCCGCCCCCAAGAUGGCGGGCGCGCUGCAGCUUGCACGUCCGGCCCCGGCGCCCGCCGCAGGUAGCGCAGACCUGCGUGCCGGGGGGGCCCUGAGACCCCUCAUAACCAGGUGUGGGGGACCCUGACACCCCCAUGACCAGCAGCAUUGGGGACCCCGAGGCCCCCCUGACCCAGACCAGAGCUGAUCCUGUGAACAGGAGGACCCCACUGGUGAUGCUCAUUGGCAGCAUUGGAGACAGGACGUUGUCAGCAGGCACUGUGUGUGAGUGCAGGGGGAGUGAGAACCCAGGCCCUGGCGGGGAGAGGCCUCUCCUGAUGGAGUCAGUGGCUGCUGCACUGGAUCCCAUGGUAGACAUGGCCCAGCCUUUCAGAGCCCUGGUGAAGCUGGAGGAGCAGGACCCAGGAGGUCUCCAGGCAGGAGCUGACGGGAUGAGAAAAGUCCCUCCGAUAGUCCAGGCUUGGACCUGGGGGGCAUCCUCGAGGUGGUCAGCACCACAACCAGUAAAAGUAAAGCAGCAGCUGCAGAAGGAGUCUGUCAAACGCUGGGAGAUCCGGGGACAGGAGGUGAUACAGGCCGUGCAUCCCCUUUCUGAUGCCAAGUUUCCCUCGGAGACCCCACAGCUGGCACCAGGGAAUGACCUCCCCACCCCAGAGACCUGGCGUCAACGCUUCCGGGGCAUCUGCUACUUGGAAGCCAAGGGGACACAGGAGAUUACAGCGAAUGUGAAGGUCAAGCAGGUGUCCUCUGACAAGGUGCAGCCCAGUGGGGCACUGCAGGAGCCUGGUGAUUCCCGGCUGGAGCAGCCAAAGGCCCAUCAUGUAGACAGGCCUCUUGAGGAGGCAGGACAGAGGGAAACCCUGGCACCUCAGGACGAGCCACGUCACGUCCCCAAAGAGGAGCCUCCGCCCCACCGGGAGUCAGGUGCUGGGACCCUGAGCAAAGCUGAGCCACAGUCUCUUGAGGAGGGGCCUGGGAACCUGGAGCUGCAGAAGACUUCCCCAGGGAGACUGGGGGAGAAGGACUCCUUGAGACCCGAGCCAGACCAAGUGCAGAGGGAGCAGGGCAGGCCUCCAAAGCAGGAGGAGAGCUUGGAGCUCCGGGAAGUGUUUGAGGACGUGGCCGUGUAUUUCACACGAAAGGAGUGGGAGCUGCUGGAAGAACAUGACAAGGUGCUUUACCAGGACCAGAUGCUGAGGAAUUAUGAAGCCCUCAUUUCUCUGGGAUAUGGAGGUCCCACACCUGACUUAAUCUACCGCAUGCAGCAAGGACAGGUGGAGCUCUGGGUCUGGGAUGAUGAGGACGGUGGGGAGAUCUCAAGGUCAGAGGACCUCCUGCCAUCAGAAGGUGCCUGGCUGCUGAGAAGAGCUGAGGAGCAUGCUGACAAGGAAGGGCCUGCAAACAUGGAUCCAUCAAAGAAUUUCCCAUGCUGUUUGGGUGAGAUGGACUCCCUGGGACCUGAGAAGGACCAAUGGCACAAGAGUCAGGGGAGGCCUAAAAAGCAGGAGGAGUGUCCAUCUGUGAACCAGAUACCAUCUCCUAUUGGGUGUGAAAGUGGAGAUAGGGCAGAACCCACAAACAGUCCUGGGCAGAGAAAAGAAGGUGUGGAGCUGAGCAAGCAGAAGAGCCACUGGAAAGAGACACUGCAUCCAAGCCAAGGCAGUGGGGAGGGAGUCAGAGGGAAGAGCUUCACCUUCUCCAGCCUGACCUGGCAACUGUGCCUCGAAAGAGAGAAGCUACAUCAGUGCUCUGUGUGUGGGAAGAGCUUCACCUUCUCCUUUGACCUGGCCAAGCAUCAGUGCAUCCGCACGGAGCAGAAGCCAUACGGGUGCUUGGAGUGUGGGAAGAGCUUCACACGCUCCUCCAACCUGGCACAGCACCAGUUACUCCACACUGGGGAGAAGCGACAUCCAUGCUUGGAGUGUGGGAAGAGCUUCACCCAGUGCUCCCACCUUGCCCGUUACCGGCUCAUCCACGCUGGGGAGAAGCCACAUAAGUGCCUUGAGUGUGGUAAGAGUUUCACCUUCUCUUCUGACCUGGCCCGGCACCAGCGGAUCCACACAGGGGAGAAGCCAUACCAGUGCUCAGAGUGUGGGAAGAGCUUCAACUGCUCCUCCAACUUUGCUCGGCACAAGCGCAUCCACACAGGGGAAAAGCCACAUAAGUGCCCUGAGUGUGGAAAGAGCUUCACCUGCGCCUCCCACCUGACCCAGCACCAGAUCAUCCACACAGGGGAGAAGCCACAUCAGUGCCCUGAGUGUGGGAAGAGAUUCGCCUUUUCCUCUGACCUGGCCCAGCACCAGAUCAUCCACACAGGGGAGAAGCCCUAUCAGUGUUCAGAGUGUGGGAAGAGCUUCAAUUGCUCCUCCAUCCUGGCCCAGCACCAGCGCAUCCACACAGGGGAGAAGCCACAUUUGUGCUCUGCAUGUGGGAAGAGCUUCACCUGCUCCUCUGACCUGGUGCAGCACCAGUGCAUCCAAAUGGGGGAGAAGCCACAUCAGUGCCUUGAUUGUGGGAAGAGCUUCACCUUCUCCUCUGACCUGGCCCGGCACCAGCGCAUCCACACAGGGGAGAAGCCGUAUCGGUGCUCAGAGUGUGGGAAGAGCUUUACUCGCUCCUCCCACCUGGUCUGGCACCAGCGUAUCCACACAGGGCAGAAGCCGCAUCAGUGCCCUGAGUGUGGGAAGAGCUUCAACUUUUCCUCUGACCUGGCCCAGCACCGGCGCAUCCACACAGGAGAGAAGCCGUAUCAGUGCUCUGAGUGUGAGAAGAGCUUCAACUCUUCCUCGAACCUGGCCCGGCACCAGCGCAUCCAUACAGGGGAGAAGCCAUAUCUGUGUUCGGAGUGUGGGAAGAGCUUUACCUGCUCCUCCCACCUGACCCUGCACUGGCGCAUCCACACAGGGGAGAAGCCACAUCAGUGCUCAGAGUGUGGGAAGAGCUUCACCUGCUCCUCCCACCUGACCCAGCACCGACGCAUUCACACAGGGGAGAAACCUUAUCAGUGCUCACAGUGUGGGAAGAGCUUCACCUGCUCCUCCCACCUGACCCAGCACCGGCUCAUCCAUAUGGGGGAGCAGCUGCAUCGCUGCACCAGGUGUGGGAAGAGCUUCAGGCAGCCAUCCAGCCUGGCCAGGCAUUGGUGCAUGCACACAAGGAAGAAGCCUCAUAAGUGCUCAGAGUGUGGGAAGAGCUUCACCUGCUCCACCAACCUGACCCAACAUUGGCUCAUCCACAAAGGGGAGAAGACAUAUCAGUGCUCCGAGUGUGGGAAAAGCUUCACUCACUCUUCCCGCUUGGCUCAGCACCAACGUAUCCACACAGGGGAGAAGCCACAUCAGUGCUCAGACUGUGGGAAGAGCUUCAACCUCUCUUCCAACCUGACCAGACACCGGCUCACCCACACAGGGGAGAAGCCGUAUCGGUGCUCAGAGUGUGAGAAGAGCUUCACCCAAUUUUCCCACCUGGUCCGGCACUGGCUCAUCCACACAGGGGAGAAGCCAUAUCAGUGCUCAGAGUGUGGGAAGAGCUUCAAUCAGUCCUCUUCCCUGGCUCAGCACCAACGUAUCCACACAGAAGAGAAGCCAUAUCAGUGCACGGAGUGUGGGAAGAGCUUCAACCUGUCCUCCAACCUGACCAAACACUGGCUUAUCCACACGGGGGAGAUGCCAUAUCAGUGCUCAGAGUCUGGCAAGAGCUUCACCGAAUCCUCCCACCUGGCUCAGCAGAAGGUCAGUCACACAGAAGAGAAGCCACAUUGGUGCUUGCAGUGUGGAAAGAGCUUCACCCAGUCUUCCAGCCUUGCCCGGCACCAGCUUAUCCAUACGGGGGAGAAGCCACAUCAAUGCUCAGAGUGUGGGAAGAGCUUCAAACUGUCUUCCCACCUGACCGAACAUCGGCUCAUCCACACCGGGGAGAAGCCACAUCAGUGCUCAGAGUGUGGGAAGAGUUUCACCCGAUCCUCCCACCUGGCCCGGCACAAAGUCGUUCACACAGAAGAGAAGCCACAUCGGUGCUCGGAGUGUGGGAAGAGCUUUGCCCAGUUCUCCAACCUGACCCGGCACCAGCUUAUCCACAUAGGGGAAAAGCCACAUCAGUGCUCAGAGUGUGGGAAGAGCUUCAGCCAGUUCUCCAACCUGGCCCGGCACCAGCUUGUCCACACGGGGGACAAGCCAUUUCGGUGCUCAGAGUGUGGGAAGAGCUUUGCUCACUCCUCCACCCUGUCUCAGCACCAUCUCAGCCACACAGGGGAGAAGCCACAUCAGUGCCCAGAGUGUGGGAAGAGCUUCUCCCGAUCCUCCAACCUGGCAAAGCACCAGCUUAUCCACAAAGAGAAGAAAUCACAUCAGUGCUUGGAGUGUGGGAAGUACUUUCCCCACUCCUCCAAACUGGCCCAGCACCAGUGCAUCCACAUCCAGGAGCAUCCAUAAUGCUGCCUGCAAUGCAGGGAGGGCUUGGAGACAUCUCCCUGUUGUACAGCCUCCAGUGUCUGUGUCUAGGCAAACAGCCUCAUGCUAGUGGACUGCAGCAAGAGUUCACCCAUCGUUCACCCAUUUUAGGGCAGUGCAGAACCCAAAGGGCACAGAGGCUGGUCUCCAAGUUUUGACGAGGGGGUGGGGUUAAAAGGAAACACCUCAGGCCAAGGCCAGUCCAGCUGCUGGGGGAACCUGUGAGGAGGUAAUUUUUGCAUCAUCCUUGUAGCCUGUGCCAUCCCCAUCUUUCUCUAAAAGCAGCCAGUGCCCCCAGGGGGAGAAGAAGUGCCUUUACAAUAGGGUGCCCUCCCCGAGACAACUGGCCCCAAAUGACACCCAGGGACUCACUUUGACUGACUCCCAGCUUUUUCUUCCCUCCUGCUCCCAGGGUUUUGGUACAUGAGACUUGUGAGUUGCAGGAAGGAGGACAUUUAUUGCUGGGGAAGCAUUCCCUGCCCUACACCCUGACCUUACCUUUCCUCCCCACCACAUUACCCUUCUCCCAGCCCUGCACAUGCCCACUGAGUCUGCAAGAAGCUGCUAUUGCCACCCCAUGAGCCUAGUUUAGCAGGUUUUGCUCUCAGCCCCUUGUCAGAACUCUGCACCACCAGGUGCCAGCUGCCCCCUCCCCGUCCCCCGUAUUCCUUCCCUUCGUGCCAGUCUGUAUAACAGUGUAAAGAAGUGAAGGAAAAUGCUUACACGUUUGCAGCAAGAGGAGACCCACUGUUCUUGCUGGAAUGGGCAACAACGUGAGAUGAGCAGCUGCAGGAAUUUAUGAGCAGCUCCUCAAUCAGGCUCGGCCCCAUCCACGGCAUCACAGGUAUUUCUGGCCCACUGCCAGGGCUGGGGAAGAGCAAGGAGAGCCACCGGACAAUGGGGGAAAGCCAGGGAUGCUGGCAUGCCGUUGAAGGAGCGCCGGACUGGGGAACAACAGUGGAGACAGCUCCUGAGAGUCUGGAGGGGAUCUACUAGCCUGAGCACCACCACAGAGACUGCAGUGGCAGGAAACAUGAGGAGUACCUGCCGGGAUACAUGCUGAGGGAGAGAUGCCAUUUGGAGUGCCAGCAGCACUCCUCUAAGCAUUUGUAUUUAUAUUCUCUUCUUUUUCUUUUCACUCGCCAGGUCUCAGAACCCAAGAGGCUGGGCUGCAGCCCUGGGAGCAGGAGCAGGACCCUGCACGCUGGCAGGGGAGCUGACUGCAGGCUCGCCAGGAGGUGAGCUAUUGAGGGCUGGCAGACAGACUCAUCACACCUGGGGAAAGUGGCAGGGGCUGCUGAAGCUUUUGGGUCAGAUGACAACUCAUCCAAGGUUGGGAAACACCUUAGCAAGGUGGAGGGGAUCAUUAAGACCUUUUCUUUUCCUUUGUCAUUCUCUUUAUUACUUUGGGGGGGGUUGGGCAUUUGAGAAAGACCCGCAGCCGUAAGAACUACAUUUUCCCAGGCUGAGGGAAGAAGUCCAUAGCAGCGACAACCAUCUCGGCCAAGACUUACCUGAGUUUCUUUUAUCAUUUGAGUUAUCUUCCCUUCUUUGUCCACUGAUCAAAUGGUGACCAACUGAUUGGAGGAUCGGCAUGGUAACAGCCUCUGUAAGCCAGGUUGAGGACGUGAACGGAGUGGCUGGGGUAAUGAACAGCCAAGGAUUGCCCAUUGGAAGAUGAGAGCACAACAAAUACAAUAGCAGGAUGCUAGGAUGGGAUGUAGGGGAGGUUGGAGCCCCAAAGAAGAACUGGACCAGAUACCAGACCAGAUACAUCCAGAAUUAUACGCAACAGAAGUUGGUUACCUCCCAACUAAGACAAGUUCAACAUUAAGGCACAGCAGGCAAGAAUUGGGUAACCUACGUUGAGUGUAAGAACUGGGCGAGUCGGCACCCCAAUGGCACAGUCUCACAGGGUGCAGAGCCGUCAGACCCCAUGGCCCUAUCCUAUGCUGCGCCAACAAACAUAUUCCUUGCUAAUCAAGUCCCACAACUUAACAUGGUAUCCCUGUGGUUGGUAUCUAUGUUGUUUCCAGAGUUGGGAAAUGGGAACACACCAGGGCCCAGAACCCUGUCCAGGGCAGAUAUUUCUGUGGUUUCCUAGCCCCUUCCCUUUUGAGAAGAUUCAACGCAAUCCAGGGGUUGUUUCUGACCCUCAGGAGCAGGAGCUUGUCCCCCUUGAGGCAUUAAACACAUGUCCUGCUGUGCACCAAGGACUCUGCCCUUUUGAAUGAACCUCUGGCCAGGGGGAAGUAGAGUCUCUAUUCUGGGUUAAAUGGGGCAGUAUGGGUAAAGGAGGUGCAGCCCAUGACAGGUGCUGCCUCUUCUGUGGAAGGGUGGGGAAAAUAUGAAGCCAUCGUGUGGGUGAAACGCAGCACGUUGUAAUCUCUCAUUGGGAAUAGUGGGGCUUCCAUCCUAAUGCCAAAGCCAUCUGGCUCCAUGACUGUCCCGUAGGAGCUACUCCAAGAGGUUAAUCACCCAUCCUGGGGUACACUUAUUCAUCUCCACAAUUGUCAUUUCUGCUGAUACCCCCCCAGUGUAUAAAAAUGCUCUUUUCUUUUCCCUGUAUUACAGUGUUUAAGAAAAUAACCUCAAGACUUCUGAAUGAACCUGUUUUUUGGCA